AUGAGUUUGCCCAGCGGUGUCGAUAUGUCGAAUCUGAUGCAGCAACAUCCGGUGCUCGGGGCGCUGCCACCAGCGUUUUUCCUUCGGGCGGCCUCGGAACGCUAUCAACGCACGCCCAAGUGUGCACGAUGUCGCAACCAUGGAGUGGUGAGCGCCCUCAAAGGACACAAGCGUUACUGUCGCUGGCGGGACUGUGUCUGUGCUAAAUGUACCUUAAUCGCCGAGCGACAACGUGUAAUGGCCGCCCAGGUUGCGCUGCGCAGACAGCAGGCACAGGAGGAGAACGAGGUGCGUGAUCUUGGGCUGCUGUACGGGACGACCGGUGUGCACGGGGUUGGACAGACACCGCCGAACGAUCCCGUGGCGGUACAGUCGGUGGGCCAGUUUCACGGUGGCAUACCGUCACCACCAAACGAUGCCGAGAGUGUUACGCAUCACAGCUACACAUCUGCCGACGCAGACACCGACGUACAGCGGAUGCGGCCCGAACAUAUGCACUCAGCCUACUCGCCCAAUCGCAGCGAACCUGACAGUCCUGGCCCGAAGCGUCAACGCAUAUCAACGGAGACGGACCACGAUACGGAGUCGGAAUCAUCACCCAGCAGUCCACGGCACAAGUCGUCACUGUUUUCCCUCCCGCUGGACAAGCAGUCGCCGAGCCAGACGGGACCGCCGAGCUCGCCCGAGUCGGAUCUGGACGUGGAUUCUACACCGGACGACUCGAUCGCGCCGGAAAACUUGAGCCUCAAGAAAGACCCGAGCGUAUAUUCGAAGCCAGCGACGUUAGUACCAGUAACGAACGGUGGUGCCGGCUUUCUGCCUUACAACCAGCAACCGGUCGCUACCCAGUACCAGCAAGCCAUCGGUGUCAGUGCCUCCCAAGCCUCGAGCCAGCGGUCACCGGUGGAUGUGCUGUUGCGGGUGUUCCCGAACCGACGCCGGAGCGAGGUGGAGCUACUGCUGCAGCGUUACCGAGGCGAUGUCGUACAGGCGAUGGAAGCGAUGCUAUGCGGCGACGAUGCUCUCCACUCACCCAUCAGUGUUCCAACACCUUCACCAUCCUUUACAGUGAAGUCGGCAUUCUCGCCAUUGAUGCCUUCCGGAACGUUCAGUAGUCCAACGGUGCGGUACUCGUUUCUGCAGCAGGCCCACACCAAGCGCUUCCUGUCCGCGCCCUACACCGGCACCGGGUACCUACCGACUAUACUGCAGGAUCCGGAGCAGCCGCAGCAACCGGAACCGCCGGGACUGGGACAGAACUGUGCACCCGCCGCAGCCAACAGUCCCUGUGUCGAUGGGACAGAGUAA